UGAAAACCUUAUCGAUAAUGACGAUAAUAUCGAUAGUAGCACCACUAGCAUUUUGUUGUCAAGUCAAACUUCAAACUUGUCAUUCAAAGGUCACCUUGGUGAAGUUCAUCUCUGACAGAUUCAAAUUCAAAAAGAUUUUGUAAUACAGGUUUGGUGUCGGGGGAUAUUUAACCCUUCAGGAUGGAUGUGACGGCAACGCAAAGGUUUAUUGAGAGAGGGUCCCAUAAAGGGAAGGGGCUCGCAGUAUUUACGAGCGGAGGUGACUCCCAGGGCAUGAAUGCUGCGGUGCGGUCAGUGGUUCGAAUGGGUAUUUACUUGGGAUGCAAAGUAUACUUCAUUCGCGAAGGUUACCAGGGCAUGGUGGACGGAGGAGACAACAUUGAGGAAGCUAACUGGUCUUCUGUGAGCUCCAUUAUUCAUAAAGGAGGCACCAUUAUUGGUUCAGCCCGAUGCAUGGAUUUCAUCAAAAGAGAGGGUCGUCUGAAAGCAGCAUACAACCUUGUUACUCGAGGCAUUACAAAUCUGGUGGUCAUUGGAGGUGACGGAUCUCUGACUGGAGCUAACCUCUUCCGUCAGGAGUGGUCGAGCCUUCUUGAUGAACUGCUGGAAAAUAAUAAGAUCACCAAAGAUCAGAGAGAAAAAUACAAAUUCUUGCACAUUGCGGGAAUGGUUGGUUCCAUUGACAAUGAUUUCUGUGGUACGGACAUGACCAUAGGCACGGACUCAGCUCUGCACCGAAUUAUCGAGGCUAUUGAUGCCAUCGUGAGCACGGCAUACUCGCAUCAAAGAACUUUCAUCAUGGAGGUCAUGGGUAGACACUGCGGAUAUCUUGCUGUGGUAACGGGAUUAGCGUCUGAAGCGGACUUUGUGUUUAUCCCCGAGUCGCCUCCAUCAGUUGACUGGAGCGCUAAACUAUGUGAUAAGUUAGAACAGGAAAGGAAAUCGGGCCAGCGGUUAAACAUCAUCAUAGUGGCGGAGGGAGCCAUCGACCGCGAGGGCAAACCCAUCACCGCCGAACUCGUGAAGAAAGUGGUCGUGGACAACCUGCAGCAAGACACGCGCAUCACCGUGCUGGGUCACGUGCAGCGCGGAGGCUCGCCUUCGGCGUUCGACAGGAUUCUGGGUUGCCGCAUGGGAGCUGAAGCAGUGAUGGCGCUCAUGGAGGCCACCCCGGAAACCGAACCGUGCGUGGUGACCCUGGACGGCAACCAGGCUGUGCGCCUCCCCCUCAUGGAGUGCGUGCGACGCACUAAAGCGGUCGCUCAGGCCAUGGCAGACAAGAACUGGGACUUGGCGGUUCAGCUGCGUGGCCGCAGCUUCGCUCGCAACCUGGAGACCUACAAGAUGCUGACGCGCCUGAAGCCUCCCAAGGAGGCCUUUGAUGCCGACGGGAAACCUUCCGAGGGCUACACACUGGCAGUCAUGCACGUGGGCGCGCCCGCGUGCGGCAUGAACGCGGCCGUGCGCUCGUUCGUGCGCAACUGCAUCUACCGCGGCGACACCGUGCUCGGCAUACACGACGGCGUCGAGGGCUUCAUCAGCGGCAACAUCGUCAAGAUGGACUGGUCGGACGUAACGGGCUGGGUGGGGCAGGGCGGCGCGUUCCUGGGCACUAAACGCACGCUUCCCGGGGACAAGAAGGCAGAGAUGGCCGCUCGCAUCAAGCAGUUCAACAUCCAGGGCUUAUUGAUCAUCGGCGGAUUUGAGGCGUACCAAGCAGGCUUGGAGUUAUACGAAUCCCGUCACCAAUUCGCCGAAUUCAACAUCCCCCUAGUGGUGAUCCCAUCAACCAUCAGCAACAACGUACCCGGCACUGACUUCUCACUAGGAGCUGAUACAGCCCUCAACGAGAUCACUGAGAUCUGCGACCGCAUCCGUCAAUCCGCACAGGGUACGAAACGUCGUGUGUUCGUCAUUGAAACCAUGGGCGGAUAUUGCGGCUAUUUAGCUACCUUAGCAGGCCUGGCCGGUGGCGCCGACGCUGCCUAUAUCUACGAAGAAAAAUUCUCCAUCAAGGACUUGCAGCAAGACGUGUACCACAUGGCGUCUAAAAUGACGGGCGGCAUUCAGCGCGGGCUCAUUCUGCGUAACGAGAAGGCUAACGACAAUUAUAACACUGACUUUAUCUACCGGCUGUAUUCGGAAGAGGGCAAGGGAUUGUUCACUGCUAGGAGCAAUGUGUUGGGUCACAUGCAGCAAGGCGGCUCCCCGACGCCGUUCGACCGCAACAUGGGCACCAAGAUGGCCGCCAAGUGCCUGCACUGGCUGGUGGAGACGCUGCAGCGCGGGCCCGCCACCGGCGCCGACACCGCCUGCCUGCUCGGCGUCGUCAAGCGACAGUACAAGUUCACGCCACUCGAGGAUCUCAAGGCCCAGACCAACUUUGCGCAAAGAAUACCAAAGCAGCAAUGGUGGAUGAAACUGCGUCCCCUGCUCCGUAUCUUGGCGAAGCACGACUCCACCUACGAAGAAGAAGGAAUGUACAUGACCGUUGAACAAGGAGAGAUUGACUCAGAAAAUGUCAUUUAA